GUUGCAAACCACACGAACUUGCGUGAACGGGUGUCUGCUAGCAGCGAUUGUUAUGCAGAUACUUUCUAGCUGGUUUUCUCGUUCAGGAUUUUAGGCGCGCUAUUUAGUGAUUGACAGUUAUAACGAUGGUUUUCCUGAGGGCUCAACACAUUAAGUUUUUCCAGAGAUGUCUCACUGUUCUCCCCUGCGCUAUGUCAUCUUUGGACGAAAUGAGAAUGACUGUAGCCUAUUUCGCAGUUUCUGGACUAGAUCUGCUGAACGCUCUCGAUACAAUAGGAAACAAAAAACACAUCGUCGAAUGGAUAUACUCACUCCAGGUCCUGCCAAAUAAGGAUCGGACUAAUCUUGACCGGUGUGGUUUCAAGGGAUCACAUGCUACUGGCUUCAAAGGGAAUGAUUUGGAUGAUAAUGCCAGCAGUUUGAACUGUGGCCACAUUGCCAUGACCUACACUGCCUUGGCCACCCUCAUUAUACUCGGUGAUGAUUUGAGCAGAGUGGACAGGUUUGCCAUCAUGCAAGGUCUCAAAGCACUCCAGCAGGAGUCUGGAAGCUUUACAGCUCUCAUCCAUGGGAGUGAGGACGACAUGCGAUUUGUCUACUGUGCUGCAGCAAUAUGCUGUUUGCUGCAUGACUGGUCUGGAUUUGACAAAGAAAAGGCUGUGAGCUUCAUUCAGAGCUGUUAUGGCUAUGAUGGAGGAAUAUCGCCAUAUCCAGGAACAGAAUCACAUGGGGGCUCGACAUACUGUGCGGUGGCCUCACUCGUCCUCAUGGGGCAGCUGCACUCAGCGCUGAGUGAACAACAGUUACGCAGCCUGCAGCGAUGGUGUCUGAACCGGCAGUUGACGGGAUUCCAGGGUCGUCCGAACAAACCCAUCGACACUUGUUACUCUUUUUGGGUAGGCGCAGCCCUCAAGCUUCUAGGUGCCUUCCAGUUUGUGAACCAGAAGGAGAACCUAGAAUUUCUCUAUUCGACUCAGGAUGCAAUCACAGGUGGCUUCAGCAAGUGGCCCGACAGUGACCCUGAUCCCAUGCAUGCCUACAUGGGCAUUGCGAGUUUGUCCCUCAUGGGUGCGGAGAAGGUGGCACCACUGGAACCAGGACUCAACAUCAGCCAGCGAGCAGCGGAGCAUCUGAAGAGCGUCCAUGUAUCUUGGACGGUGCUCGAGCUCGAGCAGAGGCUCAAGAGUUGCUCGAGCAAAGCAAAUGGCACGGGUGGAGGUGGAGACAGAUGAUAGUGUGCCAUAGUGUCUAGUUCCUUCACAGUUGUUGCUACUUUGCGGGCCAGGACAUAUGUAGUUGUUGCACCUUUUUGGGCUGACAUAUCGUAUUUUGUGAACUUGAGGUACUGUCUUGUAUUUUUUUUUCUUAGCUGCGGUGCGGUGCCUAUUGGUAAUGCCAGCAAUCGACAAUGAUAUGACUGCAGAAGAUUGUUUUUUGCUUUCGUUAUAUUUCUUCUAUCACACCCAUGCUCAUGAUGCUUAAGAUAUCUUUCAACUUCAGUUCGUACAUGUGGUGUAUUGAUCUGCAGUAUGUGUGCAUUGUACUGCAUAUGGUGUUCUUCCUUGAAGGCAACCAACCAUUAGAUGCUUGCAAUGACAUUCUAAGUUUGAACAGCACAUAAGCAGAUAUGUGCCAUAUACUUUGUGCACUACAGAUUGUGAGCGCAUUUCGUUAUGACUUCGUAGUGUGUAAUGUUUUUUGUAAACACUUCUGCUGAUCUCGUGCACCAUGCACGAUACAUCAUAUUGUUAUUGUUCUUGCAGAAUUCAUGCAUGCAUAACUGUGCUGGAAGAUUAUUUUUUGUCUUAUUUCUGAGCUUUUGUACAUGACACUAAUCUGUUUAGGAAUGUAAGCUCACAGAAUUCCUGUGAGCUUACAUUCAUGCUUUCUAUUUUGCAGUGUUGAAAACUGAAUGAGUGUGAUAUAAUGCUGUUGCUGCUGUGAUUGAAUGAUUAGGAGUGUAGGCAUUGUUCCGUGCUGCUUAAAACUGGUUCAUGGAAAUCUGUACUGCCAAGAUAUGCACAUUUCAUGCGAAUACUUCUCUGGUCAUUUCACUUUUGUAGCUUAUUCACUGCUAUCGUGAUUAGAGUCAUAACUGCUUUAAAUAUUUGAAAGCAUAAAUAUUGCUAGUUUUUUCUGAAAUGCAUGGCUCGAUACCCACGUGUUUCGGCUUCUAGCCACUAUGCAUUAUUUUAUCCAAAGACACUUUUACUAUCUGUGAGAUUUUAGUUUCGUUUGUGCCUGGCAAGGAGUUAAUGACUGCUUACUCCUAUUUUUUUUUAUUCAGCUGUCUUUAUGCAGUAGCUCUCGUCAAAAUGGAGUAGGGUUCUUGUUAUAAAAUACUAAUGUUUUAUGAUGACGAAGCCAAUGUAGACUGGAAGAUGCACUGAAUUAACAUACAUAGAAAUUAUGAUUAUUUUUGUAUUCUGUGUAAACUGAUACAUAUCGAUCUUUUCCAUGUGAGGCAAAAUCUUCUGAUGCUAGGUAUGGAUAUGGAUUAAAACAUUUUAAACCCAGAUAAUUCGAAGUCCUUACUCAACUUAUUUAUUACUUAAUUGGUUGCCAUGUUUUACAUGUGCAACAUCCAAAAACAAACAAAGAUUUGGAUGUUUUUAUCUGGAGAUCAUCAACACUGCUGCUUUAAAAUGGUCACAGUGCUGAAGGUGGCAUUUAUAAAGUGUCUGUCUCAUUUCUAUCAAUUUGGAAUUUCAGUUUUUAUCCUUAUUUUCUUAACCUGCUGGAAGAAAACAAGGGUUAUGAUUGUUAUGGCCUGAAAUAUGCCACUGUGAUAUAAAGAGGUGGCACAGAAUGCAAAAACUAACAUCAGACAAGCGCAUGCAAAAUUUUCAAAAGGCAUGUCGCUUGUUGCUUCUCUGAUGUGACGUCAACCGAUUGAUCAUUUAAAGGGGCCCUGAAUCACAUUUCUUGGAAGCUUCGAAAAUGCCGUUGAAUGAAUGUAGCGAGUGAUAGCAGCAUAUGCUAUCAGCAGCAUAUGGUAACUCCCAAGGAUAUAUUACUGAAGUAAUUCUUCAUAUAGACCUAGUACGAGCGCAGAUAGUUUAAGCGCAAUAUUUAUUUUCCCCUUUCACCCUCAAUGUCCUCCGCUCCGAAAAAGCGAGGGGGUCAACGGUAGCAAUAGAGUGCGUACAGUAUUAUGGCGAGUGGGCUCAUCGUGGCACCCCACGGCAGCCACAGUAUUUACACUACUCAGCAGUUGCAGCUAGGCAUGGCUACGUGCAACUUUUAAGUGCACAGCAAGGCAGAAGUGCAUGAUCACAUGUUCCAAACUGGCCAUGCUAUGUAUUGCGGGCCAGCUUUUUCCUUCAUGCAUAGCAGGCAAAUCCAGAUUUCGUGCUUUGUAGCGCUCAAUACGAAGUACAUCUAGCCAGGAUCGGUCACUGCCGGGAGUGAGUAUGCACUGUUGCACGUCUCUGGUAGAUGCUAACUACUAUUCAUCACGAGGCACGGCAGGCAUAGUGUCCAUGUAGUCUGGGCUUAAGUUUUGUGUGGUUGGAGGCUAGUCGAGUGUUCCAGACUAAUCGAAAUUAGCGAUAACACCCUGAUAAGCAGUGUGGUCAAAGUUUCAUCCAUAUGUGGGCGGGUGCAACCAAAGGCGAGUGUACGAUAGUUGGCUCAUGCCUCUUGAUUGAUGCCAGCUAUUGGCCAAUAGCAGCCGGGUAUGGGAAUCUGCUCUGUGGCGGAAGAGGGCAGCCCCAAAAAGGAUUAGGAGAAGGCUUCCGUUGAGAAGAGAGUGUUUUAGAGAAAGGUGAAUUUGCACUCCACUUGUGAGCUUCAUGCACCAGGCACAAGCACAUAUUUUGGCUGAGAUGUUUGCAACAGCAUAUGCUAUCUGCAGAAUGUGCUUAUUCCCGUAGCCCUAGGAAUGGGUUAGGACACCUUCAAAAUAUAAUUGUAAAUAAUCUGAUAAUUAAAAAUUUUUUGAAUUGCUCAGCCUUUGUCAAUAUGUACACAAUGCACUUACGUGAAAGGGAACGCUUGAUUUGUGUUCCAGGCUGUGAAACACCCUUGCUAUAUGCAGUGAAAUGAUAAAGCCACUUUCUUGAACACGUGAUCUACUUAGCAGGUAUCAGGAAGUGAUGUCCUAACUUGUGCUUCUAAAGGAAUUAUUGUUCAGAUAUCAAUUAGGUGACCCCUUUCAUAGCAUGCCCUGUACUUAUCAAUAAAAUAGGCACUGCACGAGUUUGACUGAACAUUUGCAUUUUUUUGCUUUGUGUAGCAUUAAGCCACUCUGGUGUUAUUUAGUGUAAUGAAUAACUGUUAAGCCUUAUUAAGCACAUAUUUGUUAGCCGUAGUGCAGGAAUCCUCACACAGUUUAGGAAGUUUAUUUAAUGCAACUUGCACUGGAAAAAGGGCACUGCUAGGUUUUGCUGUUCAGCCUGGAGCUACCAUUGCCAGCCACCCAGGAUUUCACAAACAUGAAGCGGUAUUCUGAAUGACAAGAAAUACUUAUCCAUAUUUCUAGCAUGCAUUCUUCUUCACCUAAAGCAUAAAAAAUGUUGAGGACAUGUAGCUGAAAUGUGGCUCUAAAUAAUUUUAGUAAAGAAAGAAUUCGGGCCUGCAUAGUGCUAUCAUGACGCAAAGGGAAACAUAGUGAAGGCCUCGGCCUCGUCCUCCUCGGACAGAUCCGAAGAAAACCCAGUUGCAUGUUUUCAGCUCAAUCCUUGUUAACAACUGGUAUAUAUUACAAACCUGAAAAACCUUCUUUUCAGAGAUUCCAGGGUUAGGUGCAAAAGCAGGAUUUCUAUGCACAUGGACUAAGCGACCAUUUCCAUUGCUCACCUAGCUAAAAACUUCUUUUGCUUGACUUGAACACUAAAUGAAGGUACAUCACUGUGUGCGUUAUGGUUAUGCUGGAUCUUGCAUUUGCAACGUCGUCUUGGAGCAUAUGAAAAGUACUUCAUCAGCGUUUUUCACUGUGCUGAAACAAUGGCCCUGCACAAAUUUGUGUCAAUUUGCGUAAUGACCUUUUACACUAAAUUAAUAUGUGCCUGUGGCUUCAAGCCAGAGCAAAGUUUUUUUUAGUGGUCAGGCUUAAUUAAAAAUAAAAUAAAAAUAAUAAAUGAAUAAAAGCUACUCAUCACAAAGGUGUACAAGUAAGCCAGAGGUGCUUGUGGAUGUUACAGUGUACAAGUUGCACUGUGUGGUGCCCUCACUUUGUUAAAGGGGCCUUGAAAGUUUUGUAACUAAUUGUAGAAUGGCCUCACUAUUAAAGGACGUCGUCUCUUGAAUUUCAUACUGCAAAACCUUUUUGAAUUCUUCUAGUAUAAGCGGAGUUAUCGCGCUGAUACCCGGCAUCUUCUCUCCUUUUGUAUCCGCUAGUGCGCUGGAAGCCACACAGUGGAGAUGCCAAGAGAGCAAAGCCCCAGCCAAAAGUUGUGUCGUAGCGGCAAAACGGCUUUUCACGGUAAACUACGCUACACGGCACGCCGCUGCCAUCUCGGAGGCCAUGUACCGCUGACGUAGCUACAAGCUACGCGCAGUGUAAAGAUGACAUAAUUUUUCUGUAUUUUUGAGAUUGUACACAUAUAUAUAUUUUUCACCUAUUUAACUCAACAUUAGUGAUUAUGUAUUACUGAGAAUGCUCUCGCGAUAAUGAAAUCAGCCAAUAGCAUUGGUGGGCCAGCUGCUUUCGAUGCUACUGCAUGGCAGCAUUGUGGAAGUAAGAGCAAGCGAUUUUUUUUCCAUUUUUGGCACGAAAUUGUAAAUUUCCUGCUGCUCAGUGUUUACAGCAGCCUAUAUGACAGACUGGCAAUGGUUUCUUAUUAUGUUCAAGAAGAGUUUCACGGCCUCUUUAAGUAAAUCAUCAAAGACACAUGUUGUAAGGGGGCAUGUGAGUAGUGUGUGUGUACAAAUUGUAAACACAUUUUAUAUGUGGAAUACUGCAGAUAUAUGGAAGGUGAAUGUGUGCAACUGUGUGUGUGUGUCUCAUGUUUGUUGUGCUGAGACAUGUAUAUGAUCCUAAGAGCUGUGGGCUAGAACACCACCCUUGGCUUGUCAUUGGGCUGAUGGAGCAGGAUUCUUUUUACAAAGAGCAUCUAGAUACAUGAAAAGCCUUGGCAUUGGUGCUAAAAAAGCACCUUAUUUUCCCUGAGGCUCCUUAUGCUAAUCGUUAGCAUACCAGGCUAUAUCUGAAAAAGCUUUCAAGGUAUUUUUGUGGACUGUGGGUAGUUACUGCCCUGUCGCUUUGUGAUCUUGGCUGUGCUUUGAAAAUGUUAUCCCUUUAUUUUAAGAUGCCUGGUUGAGAAAAAGCUGAAGUUACAGGAACACAGUCUGGACAUUUCAAGGAGGAGACUUACUUAGGUAGUUAAGACCUUUGCCAGUGAGUCAUUACAUGCCAAAAUGCAGCGGGCACAAUUUUCACAUUCAAGGUCCAAAUUAUUUGUUAGUUGACAAGGGAUGUUAGAAUUGUAUUGCCUUCUUGUCAUGACAUUGAGACACAUAUUCCCACAUACGCUCUACACUAAUGACAAACGCUGUGCUGAUGAGCAGAACCUUAACACUGUGCUACUGACUUCUCUGCUAAAUAACUCAUAACCUCAGCUAGGCAAACAGUUUUUCUUUGUGUGUGUAACAGUAUUCACAAAACUGCAGCCUGCCUUUUAAUUUGUAUAAGAGGCAGCAGUUUUAUUUUAAUAUUAAACAUUUUACGUAUCAAAAACUUAAUGAGAGAGGAUCCUAAAAAUAUAAUGACAUUUUUUUUCAAAACAGAACUCUGCACUGAACAUCCUAUGCAUCUUUCUGUGGAAUUACAGUGCGAUCAUGUAUGGGCACAUAAAUGAAGUGAGAACUGCAAUACAGGUCUCUCCUAUUGUGAUAUUGAAACAUUUUUGUUGCAAAAUUUGAUGGCCUAAGUUAAUAUUUGCUUCUACAGUAGGUAUAUAAAUCUCUUUUUAAAUGCAACAAACAAUCAUAUUCGGUGCAGUGGAUGUUGAGCAAAGCGAUUUUUCUAUCUCCAUGUAUGCAGUAUACGAGAGCUGUCCCAGAGGGUUGUGCAGUGCAUUUUAAAAAAUUCAUUUUGCAAACCUCCAGAUACACCAAUGUGGUCACCUUCAAAAUACUCCCCAUUAGACAAAAUACGCCAGUUCCACCUCUUCUAUUGCUGGAAGCACCUCUUUUGUUAAUCACUUCAUCAGUGAUGUUUCCUUUUGAAUAGUUGUCACAUUCCCGAAAUGCCACCCCUGGAGCACAAGUUUGCAUUUGGGGAACAAAAAAAGUCGCAGUGUGCUAAGCCUGACAAGUAGAGAGGGUCUUCCAGCACAGAGAUAGAAUUGCGUGGCAAAAAGUCGUGCACUAUAAGUGCAGAGUGUGCAGGGACUUUAUCAUGGUGCAGAAUCUAGCGCUCCUUUUUUGACAAAUUUGGUCACAAGCAGUGCACAGAGCCUGAUGCUUCAGAACCUUUAUGUAGAAAUCUGCAUUGCCAACUUGACCAUCAGGUACGAAUUAGUGGUGUACAAUUCCAAGGCAGUCAAAAAAGCAUGAUCAAAAUGACUGAUCUUUGCUGUAAUCUCCUGCGCUUUUGUUGGGGGGGGGGGUCCUUGGCUUAUCUUUCUUUUUCCACUCUUUGCUCUGCAUCUCCAGCUCGAUGUCAUAUUCAUAAAUCCAAGUUUUGUCGCUGGUGAUGACCCAUUGCAAUUUAUUGCUGUUGUCUGACAUUUUCCAAUCAAUGCAACAUUCUUUUGGUCACAGCUUUUGCUCAGGAGUUGCAAGUUUUAGCACCAUCUUGGCACAAACUUUUUUCCUUCCCAAAUUUUCAGUCAGAAUUCGGUGAACGCACAACCUUCCCAAACUAAGUGCUUCUGAUAUUCUAACAGUCAUUCAGUGGCCACUGAGCACAAGAGAACGCACACAAUAUAUGUUUUCAUCUGCACACAAGGUGGACGGGAGUCCUGAUCUUUCAUCGUCCUUGCGGUCUUUAUGGCCUUCUCGAAAACGCUGGAUUUGAAUGCAAUUCUAGUCUAGUCCAGUUCAGUUCAUUCAAGUCUAGUUCCAUAGGCCUUCUGCAACAUUUCAUGAAUAUCUGCACAAUGCUUGGCCAAUUUCACAAGAAAUUUCAUAUUAAUCUUUUUUUCUUUCGACCUCCAUUUCAACAAAUACUAAAGAUGGGUUGUACAAAAAGUGCACGCAUUAUAUUCUGCCUUGUCAUACGGCAGUUAGGCUCAUACUAAAGGUCAACCAGGUCCUUUUGAGUAGAAAGAGCAGGACAGCUGCAAAACUCUCUCCCACAUUUAUGAUGACCCACUGCAUGAACUUUUGCGACAGACGUAGUAGAUAGGAGCUCUUGAGGUAAAUCUGGCUUCUUUAUUCCUUGAAUCAAGUGAGUAAGGUUGAAAAGCUUCCAAAACCAGUUGUUUACUCAUCAACACAAGAUACCAAGGCUAUACAGAGACACCUAGUAAUGUGGGCCGAGGUAUUAAAAAAAUGGCUACGAGAUACAAGGAUAGGACCAACAAUGUUUUGCUAACAGUUACCUUGCGCAAAGUAGGGAACGUUUAUUGGUAUCCUUCAUUAGCUAAUUACUAAAAAUUAAAGUACUUGUACAACUGCAUAAGCUCAAAUGUCAAAUUGUGCAUUGUAUUAAAAAAUAUAUUUACCAGUUUCCCGUUCACAACAUUUUUUUCUAGUUCUUUGCAUUCCAAAGUUAUACCAUAAAACAGAAACGAGAAUAUGAAGCGAGUGUGCAUUUCACAUGUGCGACAGCAAUGUUCUUGACAGGGGUCCCUGCUACGCAAAUUAUGUAAAUGGCUAUUAGUUCGUUAGUGUUUGGAUUCAACUCUGUUAAUAAAAGUGUAUUCUAAGUGUUUAGUUAGUGAAAAUUUCUUCAUUCGCUAACAUUACCAAUUUGUCUUAAAAGUAGUGUCCACUCCUCCAGCUAGCAUAGCUGAUGCGACAGAACUGUGAUAUCUACCACAGGAGAUGUUCAACAAGUCUGUUUUCAUUAAAACAAAUAAAUCUGUUACUAUAAUAUCAAUAAGGGAUGAAAUGCAAAGCAUGACAUGACUUCUAAGUUUAUGCCUUAUAGUAACAUGUUUUAAUGAAAAGGCCUUGCCAACUAUAACCCUGCUUUCUUUUUAAAAUUCUAGUAUCGUGCCUGUUCAUGCAAGUGGGAAAACCCUAGUUGCUGGCUCUCCAUGUGAGAGCCCAACUGUACAAGCAGUAAAAUGUGGCUGGACACUCUCCUGAUGGGUUUUACACAUAACGAAACUAGUUUUACUUGGUGGCUUGAGACACUAGUUAUGUUAUCAACAGUGAAGGAAUGUUGCGCACCACGCAUCACAACAGAUUCACUGGUACGAUUAUGUGAAGUUGCCCUAUUAUGUUUGGUCAAGCAAAUGAGCUGCGGUUGAUCAGUAACCAUUGUUAUGUAAAACAGGAACAGAAGUUUCAUUGGCAGACAGUGGUCAACAAGGGUCAAGCAGUAUGUAAAACACUAGGAGAAUCACUGCGAUAUGGAAAGUGCAAUAUAAGUCGCACAGCACCUUGCUAGAGGAAAUAGACUCAGCAUGGCAAGGCAGUUUGUAACGUAUUUGAUCAGCAAGAAAGUGUUUUGAUGUUUACUCCAUGUUUUCCUGGCUUGCACAAUUCUGCAGGACUUUAUUUAUAGAAAGCUGGACGACGCCUCAAGAAAGGCGGUUUAUCUUCCUUAGGAAAAAAUUGUAAAAAUUAAAAGUAUUGUUUUUCAGCUUUUAGAUUCCAGGUUCCAAGUGAAGUUGCUGUGCAAUCACCUGUUUACUGACCUCUGCUGGUUGUUUUAAGGACCCAACCUAAGUUACAAAGUAAAUGAUCUGACCUAGCACCAAGAUCACAACCCUCCACUGUGGAUCACAGUGGAAGUUCUUCAUGCUGGCUGGGGUGACAAGAUGCAAUCUAGUACUUCUGGCUGAAUCCAUGCACUGAUAGCAAAGCAAGAGAAAGCGAUAUAUGGUGGAGCUAGCUGAUCGAAAACAACUAGUGGAAAAUGUGGCGCUGCUCCGUACGGGCGAGUAAAAAACAUAUACUGUCACAGAGCACAGAAACUUGCAUCAGAUUGUCCAGUAGAAUUCACCGUUAAUGUUGUGGUGCACGCUGUUGCACUUUUGUUGUACAAGGUGCCACUUGAAUCUUAUGCACACCAGAGUCGAUCACUCUAUUGCGAUUCUGGAGGCCAAGGCAUGUUUUUAAUCAGCUGCACACUUGCUGUGAUUAUAGUCCACAUGUUUGGUGAUCUGCACCAGAAACAGUUCAAUUGUUUGCACAAAUGUGAUGUUUGCACAAAUGUGAAUAAAAGUGCACAGAGUUGUGUGACAGA